AUGACGCCCCCCGCCCGCUUCGCCGCCUCCCACGCGCUGGCGCCCGCCGCGCCCGCCCGCGACACCGUCGAGCUCUACCUGGACUACUGCUGCCCCUUCUCGCGCCGCCUCUUCCUCGCCUGGCACGACGCCCUUUUCCCCCGCGCGCGCGCCGACUCGCGCUUCCAGAUCGUCUUCAACCACGUCAUCCAGCCCUGGCACCCCGCCUCCCAGUACAUGCACGAGGCCGCCCUCGCCGUCGCCCGCCUCGACCCCGCCGCCUUCCUGCCCUUCUCGCGCGAGCUCUUCCUCCACCAGGACCGCUGGUUCGACACGCGCACCGCCGACAAGUCGCGCCACGCCGUGUACCGCGAGCUCGCGGACUUCGCGCGCGACGCCGCCGGCCUCCCAGCUGACGCCGUCUACGACCUGCUCGCCGUCCGCGGCAACGACGGCAACGCCGUCGUGCGCGACCUCAAGCACUACGUGCGCUACCACCGCCAGAACGGCGUCCACGUGACGCCCUCCGUCGCGGUCAACGGCGUGCUCGCCCCCGCGAUUGACUCUGCCACGCCCCCGGACGCGGCAUGGGAGCAGCUUGUCGCACUCAGUGAAUAG